AUGUCGAGAAACGUGUCUACUGGCUCGCUGAGAGCGAGACCAUCUGCGCUCUCCACCAAGUCAUUUACGCGCUAUGAGCCUUCUCUCACUUCUCCUACCUCCGCCACUGGGAGAAGCAGAGCCAGCACCAUCCAGUCUGUUACUGACGUGAAGUCGCCCAAGAAAGUGGACGCGUCGCCUGAAGACAUCUUUGACAAGUCUAUCACCGAGGAGAAUGAACCUCCCUCUCCCGAUCUGGGCAGGUCCAACAGCCUUCCGGAACGCUUCGAUGAACUGCCAAUAGAGCUGGCAAGCCUCUGCGACCGAUUUGUCGAGUCGCUCAGCGCCAAAGUAUACAAUGAACCGCCAGCCAUCGAGCAGCUGGCCGAGUUGUUCCAGGAGUUUUACGCAAGAGCGUCUGGUGCAGUCUCCAUUCACAUUGCGACUCUGAGAUCCCGUCUCAACAGAGGCACUUCUCCUACGCCCUCUAAAGCCAGUUCUCGAACGCCGGCUGCACCGAGUAAAUCCUCACCUGAUUCACUUGGCUCGGGUGCAGGUCGUGGUGGCGCACAACAGAUGCUUACAGCGUCUGAAGUGACGGAACGGCGGAAACAGAGGAAGCUCCUCGAAUACAAGAGAAUUGUACUAGAAGAAGCCGUGGAAAAGAGAGUAUGUGAGAAGGUCUACGACAAGAUAUGGAGACACAAAAGCACCCUGGAUGAAGUCAGGGACGAAAAGCUACGUUCGAAAACAGCCGCAUUGGCACUUGUUGGCAUCGGCCUGAAAGAUCUGGGUAUUGAAUUGAGUGAGGACAGCGGCACAUCGGCCGAAGAUGUCCAAGCCUCCCUUGCCCCUGCACGGGAGAGUUUGGCCAAGAUGAACGACGAGCGGUAUCCUUUGGGCAAGCUACAGCACCUCACCACUGCCCACAAAGCCGUCGUCGACACCCUCUCGUCAAUUCAUUCCUCCUCAUCUUCGGCCGACGAGAUCCUGCCCACUUUAAUCUAUACCCUGAUCACAUCUCCCAUUGAGGGUAUCAACGUCAUCAGCAAUCUACAAUUCAUCCAACGGUUCCGGGCCGCUCCCAGGAUCGAUGGCGAAGCUGCUUACUGCCUGACCAACCUGGAAGCUGCAAUCACCUUUCUGGAGGACGUCGAUCUGGCGAGUCUGCGGGAGGACGAGAAGCCAGAAGGUCCCACGAAAGCACCAGCACAAUCCGAAGGAGACCAGGACCCGGAGAAGUUGGAAGCCUUUCCUCCACUACCUGGGACGGCGCCAGCACCGUCGACCCCCACAACGGCCACCUCAACUUCGAACGCUACAGGCACAGCAGAAUUAAGUCCAGCUGCAUCGGUCAUCAAAGACCUACCCGAAAAGUCUACGAAGACUCCCACCACGAGACACCAACGCACCUUAUCCGAUCUGCUCCAACCAAUCACCAAUGCCAACGAAGCAGUCCGAUCGACGGCCGAGGAAGGCUUCAAGAACAUCUCGAAUACCCUUGACAACAGCCUGAAAUUUUUCCUGGGCAAACUCAAGGAGAGAGGGAGCGAAGGCCCGAAUACCGAAGUCGUUGUCCCGAAGACCCUUGACGAGGCAAGGCAACUCGUCAGUCGACCCCUGACACCAGACGAAGACGAUCACGCGCUCAGCGAAUCGAGUUCCAUGCACGACGGUCAAACAAGUCCCAUGCCUCCGAAUUUGACGAAGACUGAGGAAAAGUUGUUAGGUCUGCUUGGCGGGCGCAAGGCCGCUAUCCGAGAACGAAGCGUCGAUAGCAUCAAGAGUAACGCCAGCGGCGGCGGGAAAAGGGCAGGAUUCCUUGCAGCUACCACGAAUUCGCCUCCCAACGGGCCUUCAGUGCCGGGCAACGCAGCAGCUGCGCAGAAGCCCGCUCCAGCGGCUGCGCCAGCGGCGAGCAGCAGCAAUCCACUUGAGACGGUCAAGAACUUCGGCAAUAGCCUGAAUCCCAUGGGUUCCCUCGGGUCCGCGUUUGGCAGUGCGUUUGGCCGUUUCGGCGCCCGACCAUCAGCUUCACCACCCUCAGUGCCACCAACACCAGUUACACCGACCAUUGUGGUGGACAAAGACAGUCAGACCACCAUGGCCCCAACAGUUGAGGAGGGCAAACCCCCGAAGACAACGAACGAAGUGCCAUUGAAGACACCAAACAAGUCCGAACUCGCCGCGAUCCGAGCUGCGCCUCCGAUCCCACGAUUCCUCCUCCUAGGCGACGCGAGCGAGCUGAGGUUAGGAGAGGUGCAGGAUCUGCUUGACGACUACCAGCGUCUAGCGAGGGUGUUGGGCAAACUGGUGCAGCGUGCUCAGAACGAGGAGGAAGAUGAAGCCGAAUUAGAGGAUAAGGAGGACCUGGAUGUAACAAAAGGAUAG